GGGGCGCUGACGUAGAGGCCGCUCGGCGGCCGGGGGUCCCUUCGGUGGGGCCGCGGCUCUCCGCCCGCCGCCCCCGCGCGUCCAUUCCCUUUUGUGUCCCGCGCGCGGCCCGUCCCCCGCGCACACUCGCGCCCUGCGCCCCGCGGGCCGGCGGGCGGCUCCCGGCGCGGCCCUGCACCGCGCGCCCCGCUUUGUGUGGACGCGCCAGCCGGGUGCGCGCGGGCUGUAGUGCGCCCCCGGCCCCGUCCCCGGCCCCGUCCCCGGCCCCGGCCCCCGCCCGGCCCGGCCCGCCCGGCCCGACCCGGGGAGCGCAGCGCGGGCCGAGGGGCGGGCGGGCGGCGCGGCGAACAUGGCGACGGUGCCCGUGUACUGCGUCUGCCGGCUCCCCUACGAUGUUACCCGCUUCAUGAUCGAGUGCGACGCCUGCAAGGACUGGUUCCACGGCAGCUGUGUUGGAGUGGAAGAGGAGGAGGCCCCAGACAUCGACAUAUACCACUGCCCAAACUGUGAGAAAACCCAUGGGAAGUCCACCCUGAAAAAGAAGCGAACCUGGCACAAACAUGGCCCGGGGCAGACUCCCGAAGUGAAGCCCGUGCAGAAUGGCAGCCAGCUCUUCAUCAAGGAGUUGCGGAGUCGGACCUUUCCCAGCGCGGAAGACGUGGUGGCCCGCGUGACGGGCAACCAGCUCACGCUGGGCUACAUGGAAGAGCAUGGCUUCACCGAGCCCAUCCUUGUCCCCAAGAAAGAUGGGCUGGGCCUGGCGGUCCCAGCCCCCACCUUCUAUGUCAGCGACGUCGAGAACUACGUGGGCCCAGAGCGGAGUGUGGACGUGACAGACGUCACCAAGCAGAAGGACUGCAAGAUGAAACUGAAGGAGUUUGUGGACUAUUACUACAGCACCAACCGCAAGCGGGUCCUUAACCUUACCAACCUUGAGUUCUCUGACACCAGAAUGUCCAGCUUUGUGGAGCCUCCUGACAUCGUAAAGAAACUGUCCUGGGUAGAAAACUACUGGCCUGACGACGCACUGUUGGCCAAGCCCAAGGUGACCAAGUACUGCCUGAUCUGUGUGAAGGACAGCUACACUGACUUUCACAUCGACUCCGGGGGUGCCUCUGCAUGGUACCACGUGCUCAAGGGGGAGAAGAUCUUCUAUCUCAUCAAGCCAGCUUCGGCCAACAUCUCCCUGUAUGAGCGCUGGCAGUCGGCCUCAAACCACAGUGAGAUGUUCUUUGCUGACCAGGUGGACAAAUGCUACAAGUGCACCCUCAAGCAGGGCCAGACGCUCUUCAUCCCCUCGGGCUGGAUUUAUGCCACACUUACACCCGUGGACUGCCUGGCCUUCGCGGGACAUUUUCUGCACAGCCUGAGCGUGGAGAUGCAGAUGAGAGCAUACGAAGUGGAAAGAAGGUUGAAACUGGGCAGCCUGACUCAGUUUCCCAACUUCGAAACUGCCUGCUGGUACAUGGGGAAGCACCUGCUGGAGGCGUUCAAAAGUUCUCACAAGUCUGGGAAGCAGCUGCCCCCUCAUUUAGUCCAAGGAGCUAAAAUUCUCAAUGGUGCUUUCAGAUCAUGGACGAAAAAGCAGGCUUUGGCGGAGCAUGAAGAUGAGCUACCAGAGCACUUCAAACCGUCGCAGCUCAUCAAAGACCUUGCCAAAGAGAUCCGGCUCAGUGAGAAUGCCUCCAAGGCCUCCCGACCUGAAGUAACUGCGGCCGUCUCCUCGGACGAGGUCUGUUUUGGGGACCGAGAAAAGGAGGAGCCCCCAUCCCCCAUUGAGGCCAGCCCUCCUCGGUCCUUCCUGGAGAAAGUGUCCAAAAAAAAGACUCCCAAAACCGUGAAGAUGCCCAAGCCGUCCAAAGUUCCCAAGCCCCCAAAGCCCCCCAAGCCUCCCAAAUCCCUGAAGCUCAAGGACGGGGGCAAGAAGAAGGGGAAGAAGUGCAGGGGCUCGGCUUCACCCACCAUCCCCAACCUGGACCUGCUGGAGGCCCACACCAAGGAGGCACUGACCAAGAUUGAGCCUCCUAAGAAGGGCAAGGCUGCAAAGAAUGUCCUGAGUGUGCCCAACAAGGAGGUUAUCAGCACGCAGAACGACGUGGAGAGGUUGGAAAUCCGAGAGCAGACUAAGAGCAAGUCGGAGGCCAAGUGGAAGUACAAGAACAGCAAACCCGACUCCUUACUGAAGAUGGAGGAAGAGCAGAAGUUGGAGAAGUCUCCUCUGUCAGGGAACAAGGACAACAAGUUCUCAUUUUCCUUCUCCAACAAGAAACUGCUAGGCUCCAAGGCCCUCAAGCCACAGCCAGGCCCAGGGGUGUUUGGAGCCUUGCAGAACUUCAAGGAGGACAAGCCCCAGCCAGUGCGGGAUGAGUAUGAGUACGUGUCGGAUGACGGGGAGCUCAAGAUUGACGAAUUUCCUAUUAGGAGGAAGAAAAAUGCUCCGAAGAGGGACUUGUCCUUCCUACUGGACAAGAAGGAGCCGCUGCCCACGCCCAUUACGAAGCCAAAGCUGGACUCGGCUCUCUACAAGAGUGAUGACUCCUCUGAUGAGGGUUCGCUGCACAUAGACACGGACACUAAGCCCGCCCGCAAUGCCAAAGUGAAGAAGGAUGGUGGGGGAUCGGCUGCGGGCAUCUUGGACCUGCUGCAGGCCAGCGAGGAGGUCGGCGCGCUCGAGUACAACCCCAACAGCCAGCCCCCCGCCUCCCCCAGCACACAGGAAGCCAUUCAGGGAAUGCUGUCCAUGGCCAACCUGCAGGCCUCCGACUCCUGCCUGCAGACCACAUGGGGUGCUGGCCAGGCCAAGGGCAGCUCGCUGGCGGCCCAUGGCACCCGGAAGAACGGGGCUGGCAGUAAGAGCGCAGGCAAGCGGCUGCUGAAGAGGGCGGCCAAGAACAGUGUGGACCUGGAUGAUUACGAGGAGGAGCAGGACCACCUGGACGCCUGCUUCAAGGACUCGGACUACGUUUACCCCUCCCUGGAGUCGGAUGAGGACAGUCCUGUUUUCAAGUCCCGUUCCAAGAAGAGGAAAGGCUCGGAUGAUGCUCCCUACAGCCCGACAGCGAGGGUCGGCCCGUCGGUGCCAAGGCAGGACAGGCCUGUGCGCGAGGGGACCAGAGUGGCCUCCAUUGAGACCGGGCUGGCAGCUGCCGCAGCCAAACUGUCCCAGCAGGAGGAGCAGAAAAGCAAAAAGAAAAAGAACACCAAAAGGAAGCUGGCUCCCAACACCACCUCCCCUUCCGCCUCUGCCUCUGCCGGCACCACCUCGGCCUCCACCACCUCGGCCUCCACCACCUCGGCCUCCACCACCUCGGCCUCUACCACCCCGGCCUCCACCACCCCGGCCUCCACCAGCACGGCCAGCAGCCAGGCCUCACAGGAGGGCAGCUCACCUGAGCCCCCACCAGAGUCCCACAGCAGCAGCCUGGUUGACCACGAGUACACGGCAGCCGGCGCCUUUGCUGGGGCCCAAGCCGGCCGUGCCUCUCAGCCCAUGGCCCCUGGGGUCUUCCUCACCACGAGGAGGCCCUCCUCGUCAUCCCCCAACAACACCGCUGCCAAAGGAAAGCGUACAAAAAAGGGCAUGGCCACUGCCAAACAGAGGCUUGGGAAAAUUUUGAAAAUUCAUCGGAAUGGAAAACUGCUCCUUUAAAGUUUGGAAAGCCAGGAUCCUUCUGCUCCGCUCAGGACCCUUGGAGCCCUGCUAAAACAUCAGCCCCCAGGAGGGUGGCCUUGCUGCCUCACCCCAGGGAGGGCCUGGCCUCUUCCCGGCAACCACCCCCCUCACAUGAGCAUCUGUUGCUUCAGCGGGCGGAGCUCGCCAAUACGGACAGACGUCCUUUCUCAAGUUGCUUAGAGUGACCAGUUCCCGAAACGUGGCCCUGCCAGUUUGAGGACCAUUCCAGUUUCAGGACAGCCUCCAGGCAUCCCCGAGCAUGGGUGUGAUUGCAGGGCCUUUGCAGCUCUGCUGGGAGCAUGAGUCCUUCAAGGAAGGAGGAGUGAGCCAAUGCUCACCAGGCCCAGAGUCUGAGCUGGCCACAGGCUGGUAGCCUCCAGAGGCUUUAAAAAAGGCAAAGAACACUAGAGAGGAAGAGGAGGAGAGAUCGGGGUGUGUAUGUGCCCCCCUUCUCUUCCCAAGUGAUUCUCAGACAAGUCCAGAGACUGUUGGGCCCAGCCAGGAGAGGAGCCUCUGUGCUCCCCGGCUGGUGGGUGGUGGGCCGGAUGGUGGGUGUUGCACCCUGAAUGCCUGGGGCAUUUCUCAGGGCUGGCUGGGGCCAUCAGCAGGGUCAGUGUGUCAGUGUUGGGGGGGGAAGCCAUCAUGGGGUCCCCAGGGAAGGGUUCAGGCCCAGACACAGUGUGGGGCCCAGGGGGCCCAGGCUAAGCCACAUGGGUGGUCCCCGUCCAGCCUGACCAUCUAUACUCCGAGAAGCACUUCCCAGCCAAGGCACCCUGCCAUAUGCCUGGUGGGGCAGAUGGUGGCCGGGUGGCCCGAGGACUUGGGGGCCAGGCACUUCUGUCUUGUCACCUGUUAACGUUUGGUGUCGAGUGCAUGGGUGGCUCCUGGACCACGUGUCUGCCCAUCGACACGGAGGGGCUGGAUUUGUUUCUCAGGCAAUCCUGUAUUUUAAUUUUAGAUGUAUUUCCUGAAGCAUAUUUUUCAUAGAAUGUAGCGUGUAAAUAGCUUUUUAAAUAACUUCUUUUUUAUAAGAGUAAAAGUAUCUUUAGGAAUUUCUUUCUAUAGAGUCCUUCAUUAACAUUUAUACGAGUUUUUUGCCGAGUAUGAUGAACAGUUGGGUUUCCGAUGCUCUUCCUUUUCCUUCUUUCUUUGUAUUAUUAUGGUUAUUAUUAUUAUUUUUUCUUUUAGGAACUAAGGUAUUGCCUGAAAAACAAGUGAUGUCUUUGCAGCCUUAUAUCUGUCUUUACAGAAGCAAACAGUACACAAAAGAUCUAUUUCAGACACAUUUGAAGAGGAAUCUUCAACUUGAAUACCAGCUCUUUCUUUCCUUCUUGUUGAUGAAGGGGGUGGGGGUACAGUUAUUUUACUAGCACCUUGUGAAGUGUUUCUGUGUUUUGUGAUGCUGUAAUUUAUUAAUGUUUGUAGCUUUUUAUAUUUGUACAUUUCUUAUGAGCUUUGUUUAUAUGCCCAUCCCUGGGUGUUCUGUCCAUGAGGAGAGGCAGCUUUGCGUGGGCCUUGCCACCCUUGCUCAUCCUGUUUGGGGGAUGCAGCCCCGGGACCCAGAGGCUGGGAGGGGUGAGCCUCAUGGGGCCCUGACUAUUCCGACCCGGCGUUUUGAAGGUUUCCUUUCCUGUCCUUGUUGAACAUUUAUAUAAUCUAACCCGGCCAUCAAGCUGUUCUCUCUCUUCCUCUCUCUCUCUCUUUUAUUUUUUUAAUUUUAUUAUUAUUAUUUUGGCAACAUGUACAUUUCUAACAAAGUUUAUUGUGGCUAUUAAAGUGUUUUAUUUCCCAAUUCAUAUUACUCUUGUAUCGAGUCCAUGAGGUCUAAGGUAACUUAGAUCAAAGUUUUAAAAGAGUAAAAAUAUUUCAGGUUUUGUACAGAA